AUGCUCACUUUAAAGAUCGGUGUUUUCAUUUCCCCGAGCAGCUGGCAGUCGCGGAAUUACACCUGCUAUUUUCCCUUUCAAGAGCCCAAAAGACGAGCCCAGUAUGAGCUGAUUGUUGGAGCAGCUCAAGAACCCACCCUGUCAUUCAACAAAACCAGCGACGGACUCCUGCUGCAGUGUGUCGUUCGGGGAGCUUUUCCUAAACCCAGAGUGGAGUGGAGGGACAGUUCUGGAAACGUUCUUCCUGCUGAACCAACGUUCACACAGAAAGAUUUGAGCUUUGAUGUUUUCCUCCAAGCUACUGCAAGCACGAGUGGAUUCUACCGCUGCGUAGCGACACAGGAGGAAAUCCACAAUGAAGUCUCUGCUGAUACUUAUGUUCCUGGUCCAGGAGCAGCCUCCAAACCAUCUGUAACAAACCUCAGAGAAACCAGCGACGGGGCUCUUCUCCAGUGUGAAGUUGUUGGAGCAUCUCCUAAACCUUCAGUUUUCUGGAAAGAUGAUUCUGGAAACAUCAUCAAGUCUGAAGAACCUGAAGUGACAGAAAGAGGAGGAAGCUACGACAUCGUCCUCCAAACCACUGUGACAAAGACUGACUACUAUCACUGUGAAGUGACUCAGGAGGACAUCAACCAUCGAGUUUCUGCUAAGAUCCACGUGUUUAUUGGAGGAUUCCCCACUGGACUGGUUGUUGCUCUGUCAGUCGUCUGUGUUGUUUUAGCUGUUGCGCUUCUGGUUCUGCUGGUGAGACGGAGGGUUGCAUCAAACUCAGUUGUUUAAAAGGUUCACACAGACCAGUGAGUCAGAUUCCACCUGCUGAUCUGUGAACUGCAGGAGCUUUGUGUGUACACACACACACACACACACACACACACACACACACACACACACACACACACACACACACACCACACACACACACACACACACACACACACACACACACACACACACACUAUUCCGUUAUUUUAUCUCCAGUCCUCCAUGUUGUCUGGAUUUCAUCAUUUAGCUUUGAAAGUUUUCACUUUGAGCUGCAGCUUCAUACAUUUACUGGCAUUAGAACAUGUUUCACAAUUCAAGUUUUUUGUUGUUUGUUUUUAAAUUGUUGAUUUAAUUGUAUUUUUUAUUCCAGAGAAUCAAUCAGGAACAGUUUCUCUGUGUUUUCAUGUGAACUGCUGGAAGUUUUUCUUGUUUCAGUCUUUGUGGAGUCAGAAGCUGUUUUAAGGAAACAAGACUUUGAAUUUUAAAGAUGAUCAGUUCAGAGGAUUGUGGGAAGUGUGGAAAGUUCAGCUGCUGCAGAAAGAAGUGAAGCUCAGAUCAGUGAGGACUGAAGACACUGAUGGAUCCUGAGCUCACAUCACUGCAGGACGUCUUCCUCUCCUUCCUCAUCCUCACGUCGGCUUCAGCCUGAUUCACUGUGAUGGUUUUUACUUGAAUAACAGCAGGAUGUGUGUGUGCUGUCCUCUCUGGGAUGUGUGUAUCAGCUGCUUCCCAGUUAGAAUCAGAGGUGAUCCAGAGGUUUGUGAAGCAGAACUGAAGCUUUCUGCUCCUCCUCUGAGGAUGUUUGUCAGCUGAAUGUUCUAGAAAGAGUUGAUGGAAACAACAAACUCAUCUCAGGGUAAUAAACUCCUUAAAGCAGCUCUGUGUGUUCAGCAUCAGACUUUCAGCUCCGUUUCCUGUUAUAGUUGAUUAAAAUGUGAGACAGAGCAGCCUGCUUCACUGUGUUUUAAUUGAAUUAAUAACAAGUCACAUCAAUAAAUCAUUGAUUUAUUUCUUCCUACAACAACAUGAGGAUAUUUCUGAAGUUUUGAACAGACCUGGAGAGGGAAAGAUGGAGGAACAAUAUUCCCUCUACUGUCACAAAAAACAGGAAUCCUAAAGAGAGAAGGAGCCCAAACCCAGUUCCUACAGUUAAUGUUCUGCAGGAAUGUUCAGGAUAUUCAUCUUUGGGGUGAAAUUACAAGUUGAAUCUGAAAUGCUCUGUAAUUUCUCGAUUAUCUUGCUGUGAAUUUCUCUAAACACUUGAAUUUAUUUAAGAUUAUGUUUCCGGUUUAUAUUGCGUUUUAUUUCUCUUCUUUCCUCAUUUAUAUUUUGGGUUUGACUGGGCUCAGAGUGUGGAAUUUCAUACCAAUUUUGUCUCAGUGUAUUUCAAAAUCCUUGAAUUUAUGAGUCCAGCUGUGUCCAAAUGUCACAUCAAGUGUGUGAUUCAUUAAAGGAUCAAUAAAC